GGAAAGCGGAAAUUUUGCACUUUGAGGUCGUUUCAAGGUUAUGUUCUGGUAUGGCUGAAGGAAAGCUAAAAAUCGGUUCCCGCGUUGAGGUGACAGGAAAGGAUGUUGUUGGUACCAUAGCAUAUAUUGGAACAACACAAUUUUCCCCUGGGAAAUGGGUAGGGGUGAUACUAGAGGAGGCGAAAGGGAAAAACAAUGGUACGGUCCAAGGGAAACGCUACUUUACUUGUGAAGAGAAUCACGGGAUUUUUGUGCGCCCAUCUCAGCUUACUCUUCUGGAUGACCAGGAUGGAUCAAGCACAAUGGAUUUAUCUAUUUCAAGCGUUCUUUCAGAAUCAGGCACAACCUCAGAAUCUAGUACAUCUAGGUUGUCAUUAGGUGAAACUCCUAAACGUACGGGUUCUUCAACUUCUUUAUCCAGCAGUUUAAAACCUGAAAUGGCAAAAGGUCCACCUGAAAUCAGAAAAGCAUCACAAAUCUCAUCAACUGGAUCCAAUCCCGAUCUGGUACAAAGUAAUGUAGCACCAAUUUCGAAAAGUGAAAGUCCUCUCAACAAAUCCACUGAAAGUAAACCUGUUAAAGAAUCCAUUCAACCUAGUGGUGAUACAUUGCCGAAAACCAUUUCAUCAACUAUAAAAACAAGUGAUCCAAAACUACCGACUACUACUGAUGGUAGCAAAAUACCUGAAGUUUCAACCAUUGCAGGAGCUAGUGAUAUUAAAAUAAUUUCACAAAAACUAGAGCUUGAAAAUAUAUCUAUUAAGCAUAAAGACAGUUCUCAUAAAAUACCAAGGUCGUCUGUUGUACCAGGUGUUGUUAGUCCAUCUGCUAUUGUAUCAAGCGACGGUGGUGGUACUCACUCGCCAGACACAGAAUUGGAGCUAACUAAUCUACGUGCCGAAAUAACAACACUACAUGAUCAAAUUGAAGCCUUAAAAAUGAAACGAGAAGAAGAUAAAACCAGAAUACAAGAAUUAGAACGUAUCAAGAUUCAAUUUACUCAACUCGAGGAAAAUCGACGUUUAAUGAGAGAACAAGCAGCUGAAUUACAACGUGAAAUUGCACAAUUAAAAACAGAAAAAGCUGAAAUUAAAGAAGCAUUUGAUCGUUAUCGUGAUGAAGUAGCUGAAAUGGUUGAAAGUGUGGAAAUGGCUACAUUAGAUAAAGAAAUGGCAGAAGAAAAAUUAGAAUCAUUAACUACAGAAAUUGAAUUAUUAAAAGAACAAGUAGAAGAAUUGACACUUGAAAAUCAAAUUUUAAAAGAAGAAUCUGAAGAGAAAGGAGGAGCAGCCACUUUACCUGGUGCAGAUGGUGGACCAACUCCAUUACAAUUGAAAAAUCUUGAACAACAAAAUGAACGAAUGAAACAAGCACUUGUUAAACUAAGAGAUUUAACUAAUCAAGAUAAACAAGAAAUAACUGCUUUAACUAAACAAAUUACAUCUUUGGAAUCUGAAAUUAAUCAACUUCAAACAGAGAAAGAACGUCUAACUAACGAUUUAAAAGAAAGUAUUGAACAAACUAUUGAAUUGAAAGAACAAGUAGACGCUUCACUUGGUGCUGAUACAAUGGUUAGUCAAUUGACACAACGUAAUCUAGAAUUGGAAGAAAUGCUUGAAAAAGUUAAAGAGGAAAGAAAUGAUUUGGAAAUACUAUGUGAAAUGAAUGAUGAAUUACAAGAGAAUAGUCGUGAAACUGAGCUUGAACUUCGUGAAGAAAUUGAACGAGCCAAUACACAAAUAAAUCAACUUGUACGUCAUUUAGAUGCUACACGUGAAACCAUUGCAGAUUAUGAACAAACAUUAGGUAAAUUUAGAGAUUUAGUCGCCGAUUUACAAACUCAAAAUUCUGAUCUUCAACGAUCACUAGCUGAUGGAAAACGUUUACAGGAACAACAACAACAAUUACAUUCAACAGUUGCAACAGAAUUUGCUAGUUCUGCAGUUCCAUUUAUGGGAACCAAGUUUGGUGCCACUUCUCAGGCACAAACUCUUGCUAAAGUGAUUGAAGCUGAAUUGAGACGUCUUGAAGCAGAACAAAGUGCAAAUCAUGUAACUCGUUUAUCUGCUUUUCUUCCGGAUUCAUUUUUACGACGUGGUGGUGAUAAUGAAGCAUUAUUAGCGCUUCUCUUAAUCGAUCGUCUAACUGGAAAAUGUGACCUAUUAGCUAACCAUCUUGUUGAACGUUAUCCUUUACCCCCGUGUGUACCUGGUCAAACAUCACUGCAACUUCCUCAAACAGAUAGCAAUGCUGUAGAUAGUCAAACGACUACUGUUGGUGGAAUUUGUAUUCCAGGCACUGAUAAUCCAUUACCACCGUUAACUAAAAGUAAAGCCGAAUUUUACAGUUUCAUAACACGAUUAAUUCAUUUGCUUCGAUCAAUGGGCUCUUUAUUAAAUCAGUACAAGCAAAUCUUUACAGGUUGCAGUGUUGAUCUGUAUUUGAAAUUUGGUUCUUUAUACAAUGAAAUGUGUGUUCAUGAACACUGUAUUGAUCGAUUAAUAGAACAAACUAAAAAUGAUCAAUUAGAUGAGACAAUAUCAUUAGAAUCAUUGAUAACAUCAUUUAAUUAUUUCAUUCAAUUAUAUAAUGUUCAUUUGAAAAAUGAACCAUUAUUUAAUUGUAAUAUUAAAUUGAUGGAUUUUACCCGAACAAUUUUAUCUGCAGUUGAUGCUUUAUCAGUUGAUUCUAUGGCUUUAAUGAUAUUAACAGGAAAAGAUGUUGAUUGUUUAUUAAAAAUAGCCAAAACUGCUGUUUCAAAUGUUUCUGGUCCAUUAAGUAUGGGUAGUAUGGAUGAAGUUGGUUCAUUGUUAUUGUUAAAAUCUUCAAGUAGUAACGAUAGUAAUGAAGGAUUAAUUAUUCUUCUUAAUGAAUUAGUACAUUUUGCUACAACUGUACGUGUAAUUAUACGUCGAAUAAAACGAAGAAUUCCAAAUAAACCUAUUGGUCAACAACCAUUAUCAUUUAAUCAAGAUGUUGCACAGAAAUUAGAUACAGUUAUUCAAUUAUUUGAUUCAAUUGUUGGAACUAUGUACACAACAACUCGUUUGGCAGGUCAAUUAACAGUUCGUCAAGUGGAAGAUUCAUCCAAUCUUGAACCAAAUGUUGUAUUUACUCAAUGUUUAACAGAAGCUUGUAAAGAAUACUUAACAUCAAUUGAUCUUCGAACUAGUAGUACUUCACGUUCUAGUGUUAUUUCACCAGAAAUAUUAGUUCGUACUAAUCUAAGUCAAAUUGCUCGUAUUAUUAGUCAAAUAGCAAUAGCAAUGGAAAAUGGUGAAUAUGAUUUUGAUGGAACUAAACAACCAUUGCCUCAAAAGCCAGUUGUUGCACGUGCCAUCGCCUAUAAACGUGCACAAACUGAAUUAGAAGGAUGUCGUGCUAAAUUAGAAAGUCGAGGUGAAGAAUUGCGUGAAUUACAAAAAGUAUUAAAAGCACGUGCUGAUGAGCUUAGUGAAAUGUCUGUUCGUGUUAGUUUAGCUGAGAAAAAGUUAGAAACUGCAGGAAAAUCGAAUGAAGAGAAAAUUUCCCGAUUAGAACAACGUUUAGAACAAUCAGAAGCUCAGCAGAAACGUAAUGAAAAAGAAUAUGAACAAACCUUAGAUGCACUUCAAGCGGAUAUUGAAUCUUUGGAACAAGAAAAAGCAGAUCUUAAAGAAAAAUUAAAAACACUCAGUAAAAAAGCUUUAUUUGAAGGAAUUAUUAAAUCGCCACUGCUUCCAAGCACAACGCAAUCUAAAACUCAGCCUUCAACAACAGGCUCUACCACUACUUCAGCUCCUGCACCUGAUAGGCAAACUUCAAUCGAGUGUACAUCACCUUCACCUGGUCCAGCUCGUUUGGCUGCUUACCGAGAUGCUUCAUUGAUGGCAAUGGAGAUCGAAGCUCUCCGUGAAGCUGUUCGACGUUUAUCUUCUGAAGUGUCCAAACUUCGUGGUGAGAAGAUGCUUGAACAACUUAAGAGCUUGGGUUCUUUGCAAAAACCUUCACGUCGUCAAGAGCCUAUUAUUGUAGAUGAUGACACUUCUGAUAAAGAGAAUAAAUCAUCCUCACCUAUGCAAGAACACAAAUCUGUCCUACCACAAAUUGUCCAUGAUGCAAAUGUACUACGAAAAGAAAUUUUCUCUGUACUUGCAAAUCCUCAAGUUGUUCGUUUGCCUAAAUUAUUGUCAAAACAAGUUUCAGAUAUGCCUAUUUCAGAUUCUGGAGAUGAUGGAUCAACUUCUACUAUACAACCGGGUAAAGUUGUUCAACCCAGUGCUACAAUUCAGUUUAAUAGACAAACAGUGAAAUUAGUCAAAUUGAAAAAUGAAUUAGAAAAGGUAAUAUAUUUCUAUACCCGUAUACUUCAACUGUAAUCUAUUUCGUUAAACGUAAAAUGCUACUGUUAUUUCUUUUCAUGACAAAAAGUUGAUUUAUGGUUAAAAUAUACAUGUAUUAAACCUUUAUGAGCUACUUUAUGUCUUAAAGUAGUGAAAUGACACAAAACUAGGUCUACUGUAAUGUUUCUGUCAAUUAACCUAGAAGAUACUAAUAAAAAUGAAUGGAAGUUUAAGUUAAAUCGAUUCAGGACAAAUCCGUUAUUAGUGACCAUUUACUCAUUAUACUGAAAACAAUUUCCGAGUAUAAACCCCAAAAUAUACUAUCAUAACUAUCUCAUGUGCUUUUUUUUGUAGCUUUACUCUGCAUAUAGGAUAAAUCACAUGUUCAUUUUAAAUUAUGAGAAAGUUUGCUUCGUUAUUGUAUAGUAUACUGUGUUAGUUUCGUGAUUUUCUAUUCUAAUAACCCACUAAUUAGAACAUAACUGUGUUAGAUGGAUAAUGGCUGGCAGAAAAAGCCAGGAACAUGCUCUUCGUCCUACUUUGGAUUCGUCAGCUCGAUGUACCUGUUGAUGUUCACUCUGGGACUCGAACCUAGUACCACGACCUGGAUUCCUGUGUUAGCCACCACCCAUCUCUGUUUAUAAUGUUUGUGACUUAAGGUAAGUUCGAGGCAAUCCGCACAAGAUGCAUGUAUGCCAAUAAAAAGCUGACUAUUUGCAGUCCUAAACAUCAGUGUGAAUAUUCAAGAGACCAAUGCAGAAAUGAAUAACUGUGUUAAACUGAUACCCAUUAUUUUCUUACGACUCCAUAAAUCGUGAUCUUAAAAGAUGGCAGGUAAGUAGCAUUCAAAAUAUCAUAAUAACACCCAAUGGCGUUUAUGUUGUAGUAGAGUAGUGGUAAGCUGCUCUGUUUUCAGCCAUUUAGUUGUGAUUUUGAAUUUCUUUCCUUCAACUUAGAUUUAGGUAACUGAUAAUCACCAGCUAUCAAACAAUAGUUGUAUAAGUUGAAGGAAAAUGCAAGAAUUUGCAUUUCUUAGCCCCAGAUUGCUAUGAUAUCUAUCGGUAUAUCACGAACAUUGACAAUUAAAUUCAACCAACGCUUUUAAAUUAUUUUGAGUAACAUAUAAAUCUAACUAGUAAAUUCGCACAUUCCAACAUUGCUGGAUUCAAUGAAUACACGUAAUAACGACACGGUAUGGCUACUUAUAGUAUUACUCAGCCUUCUUCCAUCCCCCAGCUAAAAUGGAGUAUCGUAUCGAGUAGCGGUUGAGGGUCUGUGACAAUACCCUAUUAGGAUUUUUCUUAUCAGUCAUUUUACCAUAUAUAUUCAACAGUACCCUACACCCAACCGACCGUAGCUGCUAACUUGAUGUAGUGCUCAAGCUUCCCCAUCGUAGUGACUCGAUCGAGCUAGCUAAAAUAAUUGUUCCUUUAGGUUUUACUAUGCCAUCCAGAUCAUGUCGGGAACGGUAAGACUAAAAGCAGCCAGCUCAUGAGCAAAAAGCGGAGUCAUGCUGCUGAUUAUAGAGUAGUUUGACAACGGUAAGGUGUUUCCUUCAGGCAACCAGCGUAUGUAGUGCUGUCGCCCUUUCAGUAGAAGAAAGAAGUUAAGAAAGGUGCGACCUAGAACUGUAAAGUCGUACCUUACUCCACAGAUUUUCGUCUCGAAUAGUAAGGCAUUUUGAACCACGGAUCUAACACAUUAUAAACUUUUCACAGAAGGGCCGUGUAUAACCGGCAUCAAGCUGUUAUCUCCUAGACUCUGUAGUCACGCUUCCAAGUUACUACGACCACUACUAAUCCCGUUUCAUUGUCAGAUCUCUCAAAACGAAAUACUCUCACGAUGAGGAUCACGAGGAACUGACAACCACUCUCAUGUACACUAUUAACAAUGCUAGGAAUUCUUUUGUUGCGUUUGACUUUACUUGACACAUAACUUCAGCAUUACCCAAUGGAUUGUUAUGCCUUUUUUUAAAAAUUAUCUUAACUUCCUCCACUGUAUUGAUUGAUCUUUUUUUCAAUUCUACUUUCUUUUUUAUUCCCUCAAAACCAACAUAAUACUACUCCUAGUUACAACAACGUGCAUUUGAUGCAAUUAAAACUGAAAUACCAAAUACAUUAAUUCAAGCAGAUUUCACAUCAUUUCCAUCAGUGAAAAUGAAACAAUUAUUAAAUUUAUCAAAUAUUAAUGAAACUACAUCAUUACAUUAUCGUUUAUUAUUUCCUGGUGGUAGUACUACUACGACUACUAUUGAUGGUGAUUGUGAAACUAUGAAUACAGCAAAAAUUUCUAUGACAAAACAAGAUCUACAACAUUUACAUUCAUAUUUGUUAAAAGUUUAAAAAUAAUGAAUUAAUCGAUGGUAUCAUUUGUUUAUUUAAUGUUAGUGUGUUUUUUUCUUUUUUUGGGGGGAGGGGAAAGGGGGAUUCUAGACUUAUUUGAAUGUGUUUCUUGUAUCCUAUGGUGAGAUAUGUAAUGUGUAUUGAAGAUAUAUAUAUAUGCAUAUUCAUAUGAUUAUAUCCAAGGAGAGAAGUAUUCAUCAACCUGAUAUUUCAUUAUUCUUUGUUUCUUCUCCUUCUUCUUCUUCAUCACUGUUUUCAAAGUUAUUUUUAAUAAGAUAUUUUACUUAUCUGUAAUGUUUAUUUUUCGGUUUUAUGGUUUAAUUUAUUGCUGAUCAUAAUAUAAAACGAUAAAUAAAUUG